GCCAGAGGCAAACUGCAACAAAAUAGAGUACUGAUGGUUUCCGCCAACCAUUAUUAGUACUCAAGUGCUGCAAUAUUUGAUCCCGGAGAGCUGAUUUCUCAGGAGAACAGCAGCCGAAUCGAACGUCCGAAUGGUCCCGGGAGUCUGAUCGCUUCGUUCCGAGAACGCUUUGGAUCAUAUAGGCUGAAGAAUAUACUCCGAGGUGACAAACACCCGAUAGUUCGACAUGGCUUAUCCUUUGAAAGAUAUUCAGAUUCCGGAGGAUGCAAACAAAGAGUUGUUAAUCGCCAAACACACGAAGUAUCUCUACGACUUCGCCGAAAACAAGGAUUCCUUCGAAUAUGUCAUGACAGAACACCUUCGUCUCAGCGGGAUCUUCUGGUCCAUCACGGCACUCGACCUUAUGGGAACCCUGCGCGAUUUCAAUAAGGAGGACAUCAUCGAAAUAGUGAAAAGUUGUCAACAUUCCAACGGGGGUCUAUCUGCAGCCCCUCGGCUCGAUUCCCAUAUCCUCUACACGCUGUCGGGAGUUCAGAUUCUGGUGACGUUCGACGCUUUGAACGCCAUCAAUGCGGACGCUGUCGUGGAUUACGUCUGUUCUCUGCAUCAGAAAGACGGCUCCUUCUUCGGUGACAAAUGGGGGGAAGUGGACACGAGGUUCUCGUUAUGCGCGGUUGCCACGUUAGCGUUGCUGAAACGGUUGGACGCAAUCGACAUCGAAUCUACGACAAACUACAUUUUGUCGUGUAUGAACUUCGACGGCGGCUUCGGACGUCGCCCUCAUUCCGAAACACACGCCGGGCAAGUGUACUGCUGUUUGGCGACACUCUCCAUCCUGAACCAGCUGCAUCACGUGAACGCAGAACAGCUCGGCUGGUGGUUAUGCGAGCGACAAUUGCCUAGCGGAGGUCUGAAUGGCCGACCGGAAAAACUGCCGGAUGCCUGUUAUUCGUGGUGGGUCCUCACCAGCCUGGCGAUCAUCGGUAAACUACACUGGAUAGAUAAAGAUAAACUGAGUGCAUUUAUCCUGGCCUGUCAAGAUUCCGACGGAGGAAUCGCCGAUCGUCCCGGGGACGAGGUCGAUCCCUACCACACCAACUUCGGUUUGGCAGGACUGUCUUUGUUGGGAGAGAACAGAUUGAAAAAGAUCAACCCGGUAUUUUGUCUGUGUCAGGACGUUAUCGACCGAUUGAAGCUGAAGCCCCAGAUUCUCGACCCUUGAAUAUAUUAGUGAGAAGAUUUCCUUUAUUAUUGCGAAAGUGGAGUUCGCUGCGGAUGGGGGGUUCUCCUCAUGGGAACUAGGAGAAAGCAGCGAAUCGAUUGACUUAGUGGGUGAUAUAUUCAUCUAUUUAUUCCUCAUCCUCCCGGUAUGUGCGUCAUAAAAAGGAAUAAAGCGACGAAACUG